GAGAAAUGCCACUACUGCUUGACGAUAGCAAAAUCGACAAUCUUAGUUACAAGAACAGCACUUCUACACACCACAACAAGCCUUGAUAUCAUCCCGUCGCCUCCCAACCUCUCCGACCUCGAAAGCCGUUACCGUCGCGAACGUGACGGGGAGGCCGACUUCAAUACUUUUACAAAUGCGACCUUGAAGAACUCUGAUGCAUUGCUGUGUUUUUCAGGCUCCGAAAUUGACCUCACAUCGGACACCAUGGUUUUCUCAUCGUCCCCAAUAUACUAUGCGCCCAGCUCCUCCCCACCGCCUUUGCCUGCGAACAAAAAGAAGCGUCGACUGUUCCAACCGUUCCCCGUUGAGCAGCAACCGAAGAGGACUAAGAUGGUGGGCGGCUUUGUAGUGGAAGACGACGAGAAUGAGGACGAGCACAAUGCAGAAAGCAGGCCUAAUAACGUUGACCAACCAGUCUCGAGGGCAAACAAGAAUUCGGCUGUUCCACCACCCUUGGAAGAGCUCGCAGACCUGGCACGCACGAGUGGUAUAUCCGAAACUGCGACAAGCCGACAUACUCCAUCUAGCCCACGUCUACCUCCUCUUCCUCGCCCAUUGCUCAGAAAGCGGCAACACGGUAGGGUAACCCUACAGACAUCUUCUGGGACAGCGGUGAACAUUCCCACCAGAAAAAAGGUUGAAGCUUUGUCAUAUGAGCAGACCAUUGCGCAGCGUUCGGUGACCGUUGAAGGUCGUGCGAAGAAGGCGUAUUAUGGCAUUGAAAUCCACAAGCUUAUGGACGAUGCAAAGACGCUGCAACAACUUGACGAGUUCGAGAAACAGAGAAAGGAUCAACUGCAGGCCUCGGACUCCCCUACGAACUCGAAAUCAGCAGGCUCAAAUCCCGCUGCCCAUCAGAUGUGGACCGAGAAGUACCGCGCGAAGAAAUUCACAGAACUUGUGGGAGACGAAAGAACCCAUCGACAAGUCCUUCGAUGGCUCAAAGCGUGGGAUGAAGUCGUCUUUCCUGGAAGUGCAAAACUGAAAUCCAUGAGAGCCUUCGACGACAAGGAUCCGAGCCAGCAACACCGAAAAAUUCUACUUCUGACUGGACCACCUGGUCUUGGAAAGACCACUCUAGCCCAUGUUUGCGCCAGGCAAGCAGGAUAUGAGGUGCUCGAAAUCAACGCCAGUGACGACAGAAGCCGGGACGUGGUCAAAGGACGGAUCAAAGAUGCCCUCGGCACGGAGACGGUGCGUGGGAUUAAAGAACAGGGCAAAGCCAGAAAAGCUGGACGCCCUGUCUGCGUCGUCGUCGAUGAAGUCGACGGGGUCACCACGGGCUCUAGUGCCAGUGGUGGUGAAGGUGGAUUUGUCAAGGCUCUGAUCGACCUUGUGCAGCUCGACCAGAGAAACUCAACGGGAAGUGGAAACCCAGACGCUGCGAAAGGUAGAAAGAAGGGUGACAAAUUCAGGAUGCUCCGACCAUUGAUCCUGGUAUGCAACGACGUUUACGCUCCUUCACUUCGACCAUUACGGACGAGCUCCGUCGCCGAGAUUGUCCAUGUUCGGAAAGCGCCGCUAGACAAGGUCAUCGCCCGAGUCAGGUCUGUUUUCGAGAAAGAAUGCAUUGCUUGUGACAAUGAUGCUGUCCGCCGGCUUUGCGAAAACGCUUGGGGUCUGGCAAUGCGAAAACAGAGAGGGCCAGGCUCUCGGGGAUCUGGAGAGGGCGACAUCAGAAGUGUGCUCGUACAAGCUGAAUGGAUAGCACAUAAACUGCGUGCCAAUGAGACCAAACCCCGGCUUACGCGGCAAUGGCUCGAGCCCCAACUUGAAGAAGCUCGAACCGAACAGAAAGGGCCCGGACGAGGCGGUGUUCGAGAAGUCGUUGAGCGCAUAUUCUUGGAGGGGGCUGGUUUGCCUAACCUUCCAGCUGCUCUGAGCGCAGACGAUGCGAGACUGGUCGCUGAUUCCAGAAGCAAUCCGGUUGGAGUCGCGAAUCUUCGCAAGCGGGCAGCAAUCACCGCCCUCCGAGAGAUGGUUGAUACCUGUGGAGAGCACGAUCGAGUCGUCACUGAGUGCUUUGCAACAUAUCCAACACAAGUGUUCCAAGAUGACGUACAAUUGUCGAAACCUAAUGCAAGCUACGAAUGGCUUCACUUUCACGAUUGCUUGUCACGUCGAGUGUUCUCAGGGCAAGAGUGGGAAUUGACGCCCUACCUUAAUACCAGCGCCUGUGGGUUUCACCAUCUUUUUGCCGCUGUCGACAAAGGUACUGUGGCCUGGAAUGAAGAAGUGCCGGAGGAGGAUGUCAAGGAUGUCCACCCGUUCAGUGGCCUGAAAGCAGACUUCGCCGCUUAUGAGGCGGAGAAGCAGAACCGAACCUUGCUCACUGAGCUGCAGUCGAACUUCUCAGGGUCUUUGCUGAGAAUUUUUAGCUCUGUAGACGACAUUGCGACAGAGUUGAUACCAAAUGUCGGUAAGAUGCUGGCUCCAGAUGUGAAGCCGGUCGUGAUCGGAGGAUCCGGGAGCUCUGCCAGUGUCGCUAGCGUCCGGAAAGAGACUGAGAAGACGUGUAUCCGCAACGCAGUUCGCACAAUGUUGGCUCUGGAUAUUUCAUUCGAGAAAGUCCGCGUGGAGAUUGAGGGUGGUGGUGCUCACUCGAACGGUGGCUAUGCCUAUCGAAUGGAACCACCCCUUGAUAUGCUGCUGAGUUACCACAUGGAUAAACCAGGUUCGGGUACCGCACCAGUCCGUUACGCAGUUCGACAGGUGCUCGAGCAAGAGCUGAGGAAGGAGAGGCUUCUGCAGAACUCGGUCGCCCGACACGCUCGCUCUGCCGCGUCGGGCCUUACCAGAGAGGUUGAUGGAGAAGACAACAAGGAGAAUGAAACCCCAGCGGAGAAGGCGAGGGUAGCAUCUUCCAAGACUGCUGGAACCAAGCGCGACUUCUUCGGUCGGAUCAUCAAUGAGAGCCGACCUACAUCGGCCGGUAAAGAGGCGAAGGAUCGGGCGGAAAACCCAGGGACUAAAGCUGAGGGUCGAGUAUGGGUUUCAUUCCAUGAGGGGUUCUCAAAUGCCGUUCGGAAACCGAUCACUCUGAGGGACUUGCUGGACGGAUUUUGAGGCUGAAGGUGGACUUGACGGGGAGGAUAAUGAUCCUUUGGAAUGGAGAUACAUGGUGGCUGUGUUUGGACAUGCCAUGAGAUAUGAGCAAUGAGUCGAAUGCAUGGAGCUUUAGUCGUGUAGGAGCAAGUCAAAGCAGUGAAUCUAAUACAUGAACC